AUGGAGAUGACUGUCACUUUAGUUUAUGCUAAGUGUGACAGGAUUGAAAGAAUUGAGUUGUGGGAUUCCUUGUACAACUUAGCAUCAGAUAUGAAUACACCAUGGCUUGUUGGUGGUGAUUUCAAUGUGAUCACAGACGAGCAUGAAAAGUAUGGUGGACAACCUGUCUCUUUGAAUGAGGUGGAGGAUUUUAGGCACUGCAUCAACACAUGCAAUUUAACAGACUUGGGAUACAAAGGUAGUGUGUAUACCUGGUGGAAUGGAAGAGGUGUUGGGAACUGUAUAUUCAAGAGAUUGGAUAGAUGCCUUGGUAACUUUGAAUUUCAACAGCUGUUUCCAGGUUUGGAGAUCACACACUUGAUCAAAAAUGGUUCUGAUCACUCUCCUCUAUUGUUGGAAUGCAAAGAAAAAGCAGUUCAAAUUAGGAAGUCAUUCAGAUUUCUUAACUUUUGGGUGAAACAUGAAACUUUCCUUGAUGUUGUGAGAGCAAAUUGGAAUACUGAUGUGCCAGCAAACUCUUUCAUGUCCUUUAACUUGAAACUGAAGAAAAUGAAGAAAGUGUUGUCACAAUGGAGUAGAGCAACAUAUGGGGAUAUAUUUCAGGAGGUUACAAAUCUUGAAGAGGUCAUUAAAGCUCAUGAGCAACGAAAGCGGAUCCAUCUUUACUCAAUAGAGAAAAGCUGCAGAAGCUUAGAAGAAUUCAGGAUUCUCAAGGAACUUAGCUUGAAACAGAUGAAGAAAUUGCUGAAGAGGGUGGACUUAAUGGAUACACAGGCAUGUUUUUCCAAAAAUGUUGGGAUAUCACUGGAGAUGAUAUAUUCAAUAUGGUAUGGGAUUUCUUUGGAGAAUCCUCAGACAUUUAGUGAAAUGAGACCUAUAAGCUUAAGCAACUUUGUUAAUAAGGUUUUUUCUAGAGUUAUUCAUGAAAGGAUGGUUCACUUGUUACCAAAAUUGAUUUCUCAAAAUCAAGCUGGUUUUGUGAGGGGUAAAAGUAUAGUGGAGAACAUCUUAUUAACUCAAGAGAUUAUAACUGAUAUAGGCUCAGAACUAAUAAAGGAAAGAAGAAUGGAAGUCAAAUAG